GCCCGUUGCUUUUGUGAGAUACACUGUUUAUGAAACAGUUGAUCAGCACUGGUCGUUUGGUAUAUAUUUACCAAAUUUUUGGCAGAACUGUAACGCAAUUUGGUAACGCUAUAGUUUUUAAACCCGUUGUGUCGAGAUCAGGAAAAUUCUUCAAAAUAGCGUCAGAUUUUCGUCAUAUUACGACCAGGAAACAUGAAGAUUUUCUGUAAAAGCAGCCAUCAAAAAAUAUGAACGAUAAACCCAAACCAUUUAAAAGAGUCAUCGUCUAUGAAGAAUUUGUUGAUGAGUCCACUGACGUUUCAGAUGAUGAUAUUCGGGAAUACGGCCAACGUUUAGGAAUUGACCUCACAGCUAACCCGACAUUAACAAAUUUGGUGAGGGAUUGGAUCUUACAACCUCUCCCUCGCUAUUGGUUCCCAUGUCUUGACACUCGAACGGGCCAGUGGUUUUAUUCAAAUGCUCUGAACGGUCAGUCCAUUUGGCAUCAUCCUCUUGAGGACAUCCACAGGAAUUUGGCUAAAGAAUAUUUAUCCUUCCAGACAAUUAGAGAAAGGGAGAACCCAGAAGGAGAGUCAUCGGAACAAUCCAUGGAAAGUGGUCUGAGCACAAAGGGAUUUGGGGGCCUCUCAUCUUCCACUAUGGGAGGCAUCACACCCAUCAAAACGCCACUUCCACGAACACUGGCACCAUUGAAAAGGAUUCCAAAAAUUGAGUCAACAACAAAUGUUCUGACAACGUCUCCAAAUCCUUUGCCUCCCUUUUGUGAUCCAACUUCACCUCAUUCGCACAGCGAACAAGUCCGACAGGUGUCGUUUUCUACGUUCAAAUCGAGCGAUAUCAUAUCUUCACUUUUACCUGGAGACCUCCUUUUUGAAAAUCGUGAUCGUCCAACCACGGUAGUGGCGCCUUUUAAUCAUUCCAUUCUGCCCGUUUCAACGGCAGGAAGCCUUCAUAGUAAAUUAAUGGGUUCGAAAGAUGAUGAACUAACCCAGCAAAUGAAACAAGUCACAGUUUACCCUACUUCCGCAAGUAGAAACUUGAAUCCUUUAACGACUGAUAAAAGUAUCGUUAAAGAGCUGUCGAUUUCCGUCUCUAAGUGUCAAUUGGAACCGGUAGCUCAGCAAUCGAAGCCACGAACAAGUUUUACUGAACGCCUAGCUGCAAAAAAAGCGUCUCAAAAGCUCAAAAGCAACGAAUCGUCAGAAUCUUGCCUGUCGAAUGCGAACAAAAUGGAUCGCACAAGUGCAAUGAAUUCAGAGAAGAGGCACGUCCAUUUUGAUUUAGAACCAAAUCACUACCAUCAGUAUACCCCGGAAUGUUCUGAAGAAAACAAGGCGACCGAAAGGUCAGAAUCCUCAAGCUCGGAAGACAUUCUAGACUUGGUAGGUGAUCCUGAAUAUUUGAAACCGUUAACCGAUGUUCAGUGCUACCCGACAGCGUACGAAGAGAAAAGAUGGGAGGUGUCAUUCACCUCAUUUGGAUUGGCUUCUCCAAACAUUUCACCAGUGAAAAUUUCAACGGCAUUUAUUGACAAUGAAGAUUCUAAUGAAAUGGUGACGCGUUUCAAUUCUGAAUACUGCCCUAGUCCGUUGUCUGCCAGUGAAAAGAGUGACGACGCUGAUGUGGUAGAAGACGAAACUACCAUAUGCCCUGACAAUAUGCAAAAUGAAGCAAGUGAACAAGUCGAAAAUUGUAUCCCUGCAUUGGAAACGAACCUUGAGUCUUGUAUGGUGACUAAUGUACUGCCAGAAAUCGAAAUCCAUGUGCCAACGCGUCCUGACAAUGCAGAAACGCUCUUGUCAACCAUGCCAUUUCAACCUGUACGAGAGGAAGUCAAUGAAGAAAAGCGAAAUCUGGAUUUCACGUUUGCACAAGUUGAUAAAUCAAAUACUUCUAUUGCAAAUCAUAAUGGAAAAGAAGUAGAAAACAUUGACAUCCCGCCUCCCAUUAUUUCCCCGUUAAAAGUUGAACCUCAAGAAAUCGAUGAUGUCCUAUCCGUGAAAUUGGCUUUGGAAAAUGUUACCUCGAAAUUAGUUGGAAGCAUUACGCGUUCGGAAUCACUAGAAGAAUUAGUAUUGGCAAAUCAAGUAAACCCAGUGAUCGUUCAAGACGUUCCUGUAUGCCCGAGUCCUGUUCAAUUUAUCACGUGUGAAACAAAGUCGGUCGAAUCGCAAAAUCCUGUUGUCCAAAUGGAUAUUAAUUUGAAUUCCGAACAAGAAGCUAGUCAACUUGAUUUGUUAUUACCUCCGACAUCUUUCAGUGAGAUUCCGCAAAGCGUGACACAAACGGAAGAGGUAGUUGCAGAUUCCUCUGUCAAAUGUAACGCAUCAGAUUCACGAAUCGCUUAUGAGAAGACUCAAUCUCUAGAAGACUGGCAAACGAUAAAAAAAGAAAUGGAAUCAAAAUUAGAAAACGAGAAGAAAAGACUAGAAAGUUGGUUCGCUAGUGAAAUUGCUCAAAUUAAGAAACAAUUCGAAAAUCAGCUGGCAAGCGAACGGGAGAGAACAGAAAAUUUGAGCAAACUGGUCGAAAAUGCCAAGUCUGAAAAAGAACAAUUAGCCAAACGUGAAAUAGUUCGUCUAGAAGAGACUCUAGCACAUUUGGUAGAGGAGAAAACCCGUCAAGUUCAGACACAAGUCAACAAUGAAGUAUCGCAGUGUAAUAGCUCUGUUUUACAUCGGACCGUCGCCCGUCAAGAUGCCAAUGUGCAAACAGAGGAGCCGCCCAUUCUGGUCAGUAGCCUUCCAAUGGAACAAAUGGUGCCUUUGUUGAAGGUUGACAAAAUUGAAACAACUGAAUCGAAUCCUUCAAAAAACGAAACGUAUUCUCGCUGGGAAAGUCGAGACUCACCAAGACGAGACUCGCGAAUCCAUUGCCAGUGCGACAACCUGCAGAAACAGGUGGCACGCGUGGAAAGAGAAAUGCAACUGCUGAAGCAAAAGAAUUUGUCGUUCCAAAAAAAUGUGCCAACCAGGAAAAAGAGCACACCUGUCAAGGCUCAAAGAGAGCCCUGGUGGUUGGACACUGACGAAUCGGCAACAUCGACCACUUCUUCCGUCUCCGAUUGGAGACACUCUAGAGGCAGAAGCCAGUCGAUGACAAACCUGAACGCAAGCAGAGACAGUUUAGCCGGAAAAAAGUCAACGCCCAUUCAACGAGCACGUGAGGGACUUACUAAGAGUCAAACGCCCAGGAGAGCGUGGAUGGAAGAUUUAUCGACCGACCAAUCUUCGGUUGAUACACCUACAUCAGGAAUCAGCAGUGCAAUUUCCACCGGAGAGUGGGACACAGUUCUAAGUUCCAUACAAAAAAUUAGUGGCGACCUGCAGGAAGUGUGGUCUCAUAUUGGACCUCGACCAAGACCGCUAUCCUACCUUUCCUACCAAAGUCCACUAUGGAUGCCUUCAUCCCAGUCGCUCAUGACUAACGAUCGCGUGCCUCUACAUUGGUCUUUUAGCGGAUCGACAGCCGAGCGUACGCAAGCGCUGAGGCUCUGGUUACAACAAAACAAAACGCAGCAUUCCAAAUCUUUCCUCUGACAGCCAAAAAACAGUAUUAGCCGUCCAAACUUACCUAGGUUUCCUUUUUGUUGAUAACCUUUUUAUUAUCAAAGUCAAAUGUAUAAUCAGUUUUGUAUGGGAAUGAAACGGUCUGAAUGGGA